CGUUGAUGUUCAACAGGCUGUUGGCUUGAAUUUCCAACAGGGAGAAGGAAAUCAAGAGGAAGCGGCCUUCUGCCGACCAGCAAGCGCUGUUUUCUCUUGAUUUCUUGGUUCAAUUUUCCUAAAAUUCAAUCCCAACAUUUUGAAAAUCAAUAACCAUCAUUCCAUAAUCCAUAUAUAUAAUCACAUUCGAAACAAGUCGUAAAUAAUAAUAAAUCAAUCAGAAUGAAGCAGCUAUGGAGGAGAGCUUCGGGUAAAAUCAAGGACAGAAACAGCAUUUUAAUGACAAGCUUAACAAGGAAGACGAAGCACAGGCAUCCUGAUCUUGAGGCAGCUGUAAUCAGAGCUACGAGUCAUGAUGACUCUUGUGUUGAUUACAAGAAUGCACAGCGUGUGUUCAUGUGGGUUAGGACCUCUCCAUCUCAUCUGGUCAUUUUCUUAUGGACUCUAACACGCCGAUUAGAACGCACACAAGACUGGAUUGUAGCUCUCAAGUCCUUAAUCCUCCUUCAUGGAGUCCUCUGCACAAAGGCCCCUGGCACACGUAAGAUUGGACGUCUCCCCUUUGAUCUUUCAGGGUUCCAAGAUGGUUACAUUCGUGAUGGCCCCUUACGUGGGGCUUGCACUAGUUUUGUUCAUGCUUACUUUGUCUUCUCCGACCUUAAGUCUGUCACGCUUUCAGCAGAGUUGCAUGAUGAAAUGGAGCUUCCAAUUAUAGUAGAGGAGAAAGAUAAGAUAAGGAUGCAUCUUGAAAGGGUAAAACGAUGGCAGAAUCUCCUGGAAACAGUACUACAUGUCAGACCGUAUGGUGGCAUCAGGAUGACAGAUCAAGUGGUGGUUCUCGAAGCUAUGGAUUGUAUGGUUAUUGAGGUAUAUGAGUUGUAUAGUAAGAUUUGUGAUGGAAUAGCUAAGGCAUUGCUCAAAAUUUACAGUAAUCGGUUGGGAAAAGCAGAGGCUUCAAUCGCUCUGGAUGUAGUACACAAGGCCAACAAACAAGCACAAGACUUGUCUGAUUAUUUCGAGUUUUGCCAAAUAAUUGGGGUGCUUCGUGGAACUGAAUGUCCACAAAUUCAACACAUUCUGGAAGACGACUUAUUAGAACUCGAGAAAAUUAUCAACGGAAAUGGGGUCUCGCAGUCAGCAGCAAUUAUGUCAGAUAAAGCUGAUUAUAAAGAGGAAGGUACUAGUAAUCACAAUACAGAAUCUAUAGUGGCAGUAAGUGAAAGAAAAGAUAUAGUAAAUGAUAUGGAAAGGAAAAAGCCACAUUUGAAGACAAUAAUUACAGAUAAAUGGGAGGUGUUUGAUGAAGAUAUCAGCCAAGCUAAGACUGGAGGAGGAGGAGGAGGAGGAGGAGGAGGAGGAGCAUUGGUGGAUCCGUUUGCAGCUUCUUCGAAUGUUCCACCACCCAAGAUUCACUUCAACCCCUUUAUUGAUUAUCAAGGUAAACCUUCUCAGUAUGUACUUAGCUUGUUAUAGACUUGUAGCUGCUCCAAUAUUUUUCCUGGUUUCUGGUUAUCUACCCAUGUCACCAAUUUUUUUCUUUUGGUUUGCUCAGCUAGUAAAUUUUGAGGAAUCUCAAAUCAUCUAAGAGAUGGUAUUUUACCAGUUCAUGUAGUGAAACAUCUGUUGUAUUUUAUAAUACUUGUAAAUUAUUUACAUUUAUAUUAUAUUUAUGGAUACAAAUUCGUUAGCAAAA